AUGAAGGCCUUCGCCCCAUUACUCUCCCUCGGCUUGGCUACCUCCGUGGCAGGUCAUGGCUACAUGUACAUCCCAUCUAGCCGAACCCGUCUCGGCAACGAGGCCGGUGUCGACUCUUGCCCUGAAUGUGCAAUCCUCGAACCUGUCUCCUCCUGGCCCGACCUCGACGCCGCACCAGUCGGCCGCAGCGGACCCUGUGGUUACAACGCCCGUGAUAGUAUCGACUACAACCAGCCAACCACUAACUGGGGCUCCGAUGCUGUGCAAACCUACAGUGCCGGCGAAGAGAUUGAAGUGCAAUGGUGUGUCGACCACAACGGCGACCAUGGCGGCAUGUUCACCUACCGGAUCUGUCAAGACCAGACUAUUGUCGACAAGUUCCUCGACCCGGAUUACCUCCCCACUGACGACGAGAAGCAGGCUGCUGAGGAUUGCUUUGACGCAGGUCUGCUGCCCUGCACGGAUGUCAAUGGCCAGGAGUGUGGAUACAGUGCGGACUGCUCCGAGGGCGAGGCCUGCUGGCGUAACGAUUGGUUUACGUGCAAUGGCUUCGAGGCUUCUGACCGGCCUAAGUGCCAGGGAGUUGACAAUGCGGAGUUGAACUCUUGCUACACCAGUAUUGCCGGUGGCUACACCGUGACCAAGAAGGUCAAGCUUCCGGAGUACACUUCCAACCACACCUUGAUUUCGUUCAAGUGGAACUCGUUCCAGACCGGCCAGAUUUACCUCUCUUGUGCCGAUAUUGCCAUCCAGUGA